AUGGAUGGCAACCCCUUUGAUGCAAAUGAUUCCACUACAACUCUUGCAAGAAAAAGGAGGAGGAUUUUGUUGUCAAAAUAUAAACUCUCUAACCAUGGCCAUAACAAGGAAAACCAGCCAACAUCCACACCUACCUCUAGGACAUUCGCUGCCUCUUCCAGGGACACUGCAACAAGAUCUCCUCUCCAGCCUACUAUCUCUAACGAUUCCCACACUCUACCAUCUCAACACCAUGUUUCCAUUUUACAAAACAAAAAAAGAUCAAGAAUUCUUGCCGGAAAUGGGGUGAAUCUGUUCAGCCGUUUCAACAAUGUGGAAACAUCUCCAUCGUUCCAUAUAGGUGAAUCAUCAAACAUCGGCAAGCGGCAAAAAUUCACCCAAAAUCAACUACUAAUUACAACCCCUGCUGCUCUUAACAAUUUCCACACUUCUCCUAAAAUAUCAAACCCACAAUAUUUUUCUCCUCCUAAUCCUAAUGUAAGUAGAACAGAUUAUUCCUCCGAUGAUACCAAUGGAGAUUCUGAAGAUUGCGACUCAUUUGGACACAACUCUGAUUCAGAUGACUCCGUAGAACCGGAUGAUAUUCAUGAUCAACACAACCAGUCUUAUUCUGACAUUGGUGACCCUGUGUGGGAAUGUUUUAUUUGCCAAGCUUGCAUGUGGGACAAUACAUCUAUUGAAACAUCUAUUGUAGCAAAGUUAAAGAGUAUGUUAGAUGAAGUUAAUGUUCUUGGCAAAGCGUUUCGAAUGGCACGUGAUAUGUUUAAGGCCAAUCCAUACGUCGAAUUGCGGCUGAAACUUAUCAGUGACAGACAUGACGAUGGUCGUGUGUAUAAUAUGCCAACCGUUGCGGAAGUUGCUGCCCUUAUUGUUGGAGAUGUUGACACAGGUGAAAUGAUAGACAUUGUGGUUCAAUACCGGAGUGGUAAAUUACAAAGAAUAGAUGAGUUCAAUCAAAGUUAUCUUUCAUAUCAAUACCCAUUGAUUUUUUGCUACGGUGAAGAUGGAUACCGGAAUAAUAUCCUUCACAAGUAUCAAGAUGAGACAACUGUUACAAGGAAGAAUAGGCAAUCUAUCAAGGAUUGGCUGUGUUUUCGUCUCCAAGAACGCACAGAUGAACCUAAAACAUUAUUGUACUCAAGGAAACUUUUCCAACAAUUUUUGGUUGAUGGUUACGCUAUGAUGGAAUCAGAACGUCUCAAUUGGUUGCAAAAAAAUCAAUCCAAGUUAAGGGUCGGAAAAUACAAUAAUUUGCAACGAAGGUGUGAGCAAGGAGACCAAAAUCCAGGUAACAAACAAGGUAAACGUGUUGUUCUACCAUCUUCUUUUGUGGGUAGCAAACGAUACAUGGAUCAACUUUACUUCGACGGUAUGGCAAUUUCAAGCAGAUUGGGGUUCCCAGAUUUAUUUAUCACCUUCACAUGCAACCCAAAUUGGCCUGAGAUUACACGGUUGCUGUCCCCAAAAAAUUUAAAACCUCAUGAUAGGCCUGACAUUGUUGCCAAAGUUUUCAACAUCAAGUUUAAAGAGCUUAUGGUUGAUUUAACAAAAAUACAUAUUCUUGGGAAAGUUUUGGCAUUUAUGUAUACCAUUGAGUUUCAAAAGCGAGGCUUACCCCAUGCCCACAUUUUGAUCUUCUUGCACCCCCAAAGCAAGUAUCCAACGUCGUCCGACAUUGAUAACAUCAUUUGUGCCGAGAUUCCUGAUCCUGUACUUCAUCCUGCUUUAUACGCACUGGUAAAAUCACAUAUGAUACAUGGACCGUGCGGUCUUUCAUGGCCUAAUUCACAAUGUAUGAGAAAUCAACAAUGUUCUAAAUAUUAUCCAAAAAAUUUCAUCGAAGAUACAGUUGUUAAUGCUGAAGGUUAUCCAUUAUAUAGAAGAAGAUCCAACACCCAUGUAAUUACAAAAAAUAAUAUCAAGUUGGAUAAUAGAAAUGUGGUCCCCUAUAACACUCGGUUAUUGUUGAAAUAUCAAGCACAUAUUAAUAUGGAAUGGUGUAACCAAUGCACUUCUAUCAAGUAUCUAUUCAAAUACAUUCACAAAGGAUAUGACAGAAUCGGUGCAAGUGUGGUUGCUUCUAAGUCAAAGACCGGACUACAGCAUGAAUGUGUAGAUGAGAUCAAACAAUAUCUCGAUUGUAGGUAUGUUUCUCUGAGUGAGGCGUGUUGGCUAAUAUUUUCAUACAAGAUUCAUGGGAGGAAACCUGUUGUUGAGCGAAUGUUUUUCCAUCUCAUUGGUGAAAAGGCUGUCUAUUAUAAAUAUUGUGAACAAAUAGAGCAUGUCUUAGAGAGUGCAAGCGUAACAGAAUCUAUGUUCACGUCUUGGCUGGUAGCAAAUGCAACAUAUGAGGAAGCCCAGUCAUUAACAUACGGUGAAUUUGUUACAAAGUUUGUUUAUGUUAAGAGAAACAGAUUGUGGAAGCCACGAAAAAAAGGGUUCACUAUCGGACGUUUGGUGUGGGUUCCACCGACAACCGGGGAACUUUUCUAUUUGCGGAUGAUGUUGACGGUGGCUAAGGGACCAACUUGCUACGAAGAUAUCAGGAAGGUCGGUGAAACACAAUAUGACACCUUUCGAGAAGCAUGCUUUGCAAUGGGAUUCUUAGAUGACGAUCGAGAACACAUAUGUGCGUUAAAGGAGGCAAGUGCUUGGGGGACAUGUCAUUAUCUUAGAAAUUUGUUUGUUGUUAUGCUCCUAUCAGGUGCUGUAAACCGUCCUGCCCAUGUAUGGAAAGAAUCAUGGAUUAUAUUGUCCGAUGGUCUCUUGUACGAGCAAAAACUAAUUGCCAACAAUCCAGGUACACUAACUUUAACAUCCCAUGCUAUUUAUAUUCUUAACUACCACCAAGAUGAACAGAGGAAGAUUCACGACCAAAUCAUGGAUGCCGUUAACAAACAACAAGGUGGUGUCUUCUUCCUGCACGGUUAUGGCGGAACCGGUAAGACAUAUAUGUGGAGAACACUUGCAAGUGCAUUGAGAUCUAAGCAUGAGAUUUGUCUUACUGUUGCAACAAGUGGGAUAGCAUCUCUUUUGUUGCCAGGGGGUCGUACAGCUCAUUCAAAGUUCAAGUUGCCAGUUCCAUGUCUUGAGAACUCAACUUGCAAAAUUAAUUUCAAUGACCCUAGCGCUGGUCUUCUAAGGGAGGCAAAGCUAAUUAUAUGGGACGAGGCACCAAUGGCACACAAAUAUUGUUUUGAAACGUUGGACAGGACUUUGAAGGAUGUCAUAAGUAAUUACAGUAACUCCAAAACUAUUUUCGGAGGGAAGGUUGUGAUUUUUGGUGGGGAUUUUCGUCAGAUAUUACCCGUUGUACCCGGAGGAAGCCGUUCUGACAUUGUCCAUUCAAAAAUUAACGCUUCUUACAUUUGGCAUUAUGUUAAAGUCUUAAAUUUGACAAAAAACAUGCGUCUAUCCUCCGGACCAACUGAAGAAGAUAAAAAAGAAAUUGUGGCCAUUCUUGCUUCCACUUUGGACAUUGUUGACAAUAUCAAUGACCAUAUCCUUGCGAUGAUGCCAGGGGAAAUAAGAGAUUACUACAGCUCUAACUCAGUUGAUCGAUCAGAAAUCCAUGACAACAACAUUCUUCAGGUGCUUGGCCCAGAAUUCCUCAGCUCUUUAAGAACUUCUGGCCUACCCAACCAUCACUUAAAGUUAAAGGUUGGAACACCAAUCAUGCUUAUGCGAAACAUUGAUCAAUCCCAAGGUCUAUGUAAUGGGACAAGGCUUAUAGUAACUAAUAUGGCUGCUCAUGUGCUUGAGGCCAAAUUGAUGGGUGAUAACAAUAAUGGGAAGGUUAUAUAUAUCCCGCGAAUGGAUUUCCCCGUCUCAAUCUCCCUGGCCAUUCAAGUUAUCGAGACGUCAAUUUCCGAUUAUUGUAGCCUACGCCAUGACCAUUAA